GGGUUCAUUUCAAUAGUCACUGGAAGUGGAGAGGAAAGCAUUUGCUGACAAUCUACAAGAUCAGAGUUCAGGAGAAAGAGAAAGAGAACUGGAUUUAAACAGCUCCGAAAGGGUGAAAGACAGUGUGAUUUAGAAUCUCAUACUGAUGGUGAUGGAUAUAGAUGCCAGAUAAACAGUGGUAUCGUGGAAGCUGCUGAAACUGGUGCUAGUAUUGAAUCAACAACACAGAUUGUUAACCACAGGCAUUGUACCAAUGGUUUUUCAGAUGUUAUCAGCAGUCCCCACAAUAUGGAUGUUGAUGACUCUGCUGGAGUUCAUUGGGAAUGCAAAGCUACAUUUGAAGAUAUGAACUGUAGGGUUGAACUCAAUCCUCACCAAAUUGUGAACCCUUGCAAAGAGAGUGAUUUAAGUGUCACAAAUGAGGGUGCAAAGGUUGGUUUAUUAUCCUUGUCUUUGUCGCUAUAGUUCUUUAACUCUUUUAUUUCAUUGUUUGGCUUAGUCUUGCAUAAGAUAGUUCAAUUUUAUGAGAUCCCCUCUUAGGGUAGACAUGCAGACACUUGUUAGCAAAGCUUACCUAGCAGUUUAAGCUAUU